GCAGUAACUAAUAAGUGGACGCAUGCACAACAACGCAACACUACACAUUAAUUGUAUAUGGCACCAGCAGCGGCGGCCGGCGGAAUGUACCGACGCGGUGGCAAUCACCAGGGAAGAGGCAGUGCAGCGGCGGCAGUUCUGUGCCUUCUGCUUCUCAUAAUUAGCUCCGAGAACACGGCGGUCCACGCUGCCGCUGCCGUUUACUCCAUUGACUGGAGCUUCAGCCCCAAAGUCAUAAACCCACUCGCAAAUGGAAAGACCUUUAGAGCAGGGGACACACUCUUGUUUAAGUACAGCCCUGGGUUCCACAACGUGGUGGAGGUGGACAAGGCAACCUACGACAAGUGCGGUACGCCGCCGGCCAAGGCUAAGGUGUAUGCUUCUGGGUCGGACAGGGUCACCCUUACCAAGGGACAGCAUUACUUCAUUUGCAGCUUCGCAGGCCAUUGCAAGGGUGGAAUGAAGAUCCCUAUCUUCGCCGCCUGAACAUUUGAACCAAAACCUCUGUUACUCUAUAUUCACACAAGGAGUAUUUGAAUAAGUGACAUACUUUUUGUUUUCAUAUGAUUGAUCAGCUAUGGUAUUUUC